UCCUUUUCGUUCGUCCUCAGUGCAGGAUAACGAAGUGCUGAUCACCUCCGCCUCUCUACAACAACAGAAACUCGUUGUUUUUACCAGCGUCAAAUCAGAUUGGCUUUGCUGCUGUUAUUCUGCCUACUACACGACUGACAAAGAGAACUGCGCCUUAAGUUUUUUAGUGAUAUCUGGACAAUCAUCAUCAUAACUGCUGAUCAUGGAUGUGAUCUUGCGUCGCUGUCCAUUCCUGGCUCGUGUACCCCAGGCCUUCCUCCAGCAGUCCAAAAAAUCUCUGGUAGUGUACGCCCAGCGAUGCCCUGUCAUGAUGGAACUGGCCUCAAAACCUAUGGCCCCAUCGAUGGUACGGGCCCUGUGUUCAUCCUCCUCCCACCAAAAGACUGAGGACACCGUGUCUGCCAUUGAAGGCCCCAAACAAGAAGUGGAGCCGAAGCUGCCCGCUGGUCACCCUGUGCCGCCCUCAGGCCAGGCGGUGGCCUCUAAAUGCCCUUUCCUGGCAGCAGAGAUGGGCCAGAAGAACAGCAGUGUGGUCCGUCAGGUUGGCCUGGAGUUCCAAGAGGAUGUUCAGGAAGUCCGCACUGUCCAGAAAGAAGUGUCCCCUGCCCAGUUGAAGAAGCCAUCCUUGGCCAGUACCACUAAGGGAAGCGAAGAGGAUUCAACUAAUCUAAUGAAGACCCUCCUGAAACAGCGACCUAAAAGGGUUUCCCACUUGCUGCAGGACAACUUGCCAGGCAGUAUGUCUCGCUUCCAUUAUGAUGACUUUUUCGAGAAGAAGAUAGUAGAGAAGAAGAGUGACCACACGUACCGUGUGUUUAAGACCGUGAAUCGUCUGGCCAAUGAGUUCCCUAUGGCCGACAACUUCACAGGCUCUUUAGAGGAAAAGAGGGAGGUGUCCGUGUGGUGCAGCAAUGACUACUUGGGCAUGAGUAGACACCCUCGAGUCGUGCAGUCCAUCAUGGAUACUUUACGAAAGCAUGGGUCAGGGGCAGGAGGCACCAGGAACAUUUCUGGAACAAGUAAAUUCCAUGUAGAACUGGAACAAGAACUAGCUGACCUCCACAAGAAGGACGCUGCUCUGCUCUUCACCUCCUGCUUUGUGGCCAAUGACUCCACUCUCUUCACCCUUGCCAAGAUGCUGCCUGGUUGUGAGAUCUACUCUGAUGCAGGCAACCACGCCUCAAUGAUCCAGGGUAUCAGGAACAGUGGUGCUAAGAAAUUCAUUUUCCGCCACAAUGACGUGGCCCAUCUCCGAGAGCUGCUGCAGAAGGGAGACCCCACCAAACCCAAGAUCGUGGCCUUCGAGACCGUCCAUUCCAUGGAUGGUGCUGUGUGUCCGCUGGAGGAGAUGUGCGACGUGGCCCAUGAGUUUGGUGCCAUCACCUUCGUAGACGAGGUUCACGCCGUGGGCCUAUAUGGCGCCAGAGGAGGGGGCAUUGGAGACAGAGAUGGUGUCAUGCACAAGAUGGAUAUCAUCUCAGGGACAUUAGGCAAGGCCUUCGGCUGUGUGGGCGGCUACAUCGCAAGUACUGCUUCCCUUGUGGACACGGUGCGUUCCUACGCUGCUGGUUUCAUCUUCACCACCUCUCUGCCACCAAUGUUGCUGGCAGGAGCCAGGCAGUCCAUCCAGGUUCUAAAAGGGGAAGAGGGCCGUGCACUGAGACGUAAACACCAGCGCAACGUCAAGCUGCUCAGGCAGAUGCUGAUGGACUCAGGGUUGCCUGUGGUUCACUGCCCCAGCCACAUCAUCCCAGUCCGGGUGUCAGACGCAGAGAAAAACACAGAGGUUUGUGACAUCAUGAUGAGUCAUCACAACAUCUAUGUGCAGGCCAUCAACUAUCCCACCGUUGCCAGGGGAGAAGAGCUCCUGCGUAUUGCGCCAACACCUCACCACACCCCUGAGAUGAUGAAAUACUUUGUUGAGAGGCUGGUGCACACAUGGAAGGAGGUGGGUCUGGAGUUGAAGCCACACUCAUCCGCAGAGUGUACGUUCUGUCAGCAGCCGCUCCACUUCGAGCUGAUGAGCGAGCGAGAAAAGUCUUACUUCAGUGGCCUGAGCCACCCUAUCUCAGCCUGCGCAUAACACUACUUACCACUGGUGGCUCGAGAUGGCACAUACACACACAAAGCCCAUUCCUCUGUCACGGUCAUAGAAUGUAUUAAUUAUCUUUGAUAAGUUCUCCUACGCAUAUUAUUUAAAAUAUUCUAUGUUCAGAUGUUCUAUAUGCUCCAAUUAAAAUAUGAGAAGGGAAGUAAGUCUGUGUUUCUGGUGCUCUUUCUUGAAGUUGAAAAAGCAAACGCAUUUGCAUUUUUGAUCAUGAACCAUUAGAAGGUGAAAUUCAUUUCCAUCAAUGUAAGACUUUGACCUUUUAUUCAGCACUUUUGAUUAUUUUUAUGUUCCCCAGUUAUCCUAUGGUAGUAUCGUAUGACUGGUCAUCCUUUCACAAGAAGGCAGACAGGUGACAAGUCUGUCAAGUCACUGUGCUUCAGAUGCUGAGCUUGUUGAAUAGUUUUGUGGUGGGUACAAAAGUGGGUCACAACAAUUGGUCUGGCUCAGCAGAUGAAAAUAAUAAAGCUUUGUGCAGUA